CUAGUCCUUAAAUGAACAUGGAGAGGAUGGCCUUUGUCCAGCGCCGCGGGCCGUUCCGAGUGCCCUGUUUGUUGGCAGCGCUUGCCGCUCUGACACUGUGCUCUGAGAUGGGAGUCGGCCCGAAGCCGCUGGUAGCCAGCACUGCCGCAUCGAAGAAGGCGCCGCAGUGGAAAGAAGAACAGACGGCGAACAGCAGCAGAGCAGAGCCCUUUGGACCGGGAUAUUUGGAGGAGGCGUUUAAGGAGCAGGGCUAUUACCUGCAGAGGCUGUUUCUGCAGUACGGGGACAACGGGACGCUGUCUUACGGGGGCCUGAAGAGGCUGCUGGGAAGUUUGGGACUCGGGGAGGUCAACGUGCUGCAGAUCAGCCAGCAGGGGCUGAAGCACAUCCCUCCCUCUUCCCAAAACCUGCACCCCCACGAUGGGCCCGCCGCUCCCCCCCACAUCCUGGAGAGCGGAAGUAGCGGGGAGACAGGCUCAGAGUGGGGGGCAGAGGACACCGUCGGCCCUGCUGAGGUCUACCACAGGCCCGCCAGUGGAAAGGAGGGGCAGGAUCACCUGGAGUUACCCAGAGCCCCCCAUCCCCAACCUGGGCAGACACACCCUGAGGGGCCCUCCUUUGAGCCGGAUCACCCGAUUAAGACCCACCUCCACGGGAACUGUUUAAAUGUCACUCAGCUCCUGUGGAAUUUUGGCCUGGGGAAAGCGUCCCACAUCACGCCCUCCCACUUCACCUUCCUGUGCCCCGCCCUCCUGUAUCAGAUUGAGAGCGGGGUCUGCCUGCGUCACCCUGAGGGGGAGGGGCUGGAGGCGGGAAAGAGUGGGUCUUUCCUCGUAGCUCUGGGAUGGGGUUUCCUGGCCCUGGUGGUGAUCAGUCUGCCCUCCCUGCUGGCGCUGGCUCUGGUACCCCUGGUGCCUCCCGCCCGUCUCCAGACCCUGCUGUGCCCAAUGGCAGCCCUGGCGAUGGGCACGCUGUGCGGAGACGCCCUGCUGCACCUCCUGCCUCAUGCCAGAACCGGAUCUCACUCCGAGUCCGAGCAGAGGGACUCUGUGCUGAAAGGCGCCAGCGUGCUCGCAGGCCUUUACCUCUUCUUCUUGGUUGAAGGCACAAUGGGGCUGCAGCGCCACUUUAAGAGGAAGGUGAGGAAGACGAAGCAGGAUUCCCCCAGUGCACAGGGGGGAAGGGCACCAGAGAGGGAGCUGGAUGCUCUGCACGACGUGACCCUGAUAGAGUCAGCCCCGCCCCCUGAGCGGUUGAGCGUGGAGGAGCAUGGACACGGGCACUCUCACGGUCCCCCGAGCCAGGGGCAUUCUGGGACGGGAAGCCUGGUGUGGAUGGUCGUCAUGGGGGAUGGGAUUCACAAUCUCACCGACGGCCUGGCAAUUGGAGUGGCUUUCUCUCAGGGUCUGGCUGGCGGUCUGAGCACCACUGUGGCCGUGUUCUGCCACGAACUCCCCCAUGAGCUGGGUGACCUGGCGCUGCUGCUGGGGGCGGGCUGGCCCGUGCGCAGGCUGCUGGUGUUCAGCGGGGCGUCGGCCGCGCUGGGACUGCUGGGCCUGCUGGCGGGCACCGUCCUGGGGCACCACUUCGCCGCGCUCUCCCCCUGGAUCCUGUCGCUCACCGCGGGGGUCUUCCUGUACGUGGCCCUGGUCGACAUGACGCCCGAGAUGCUGCACGGCGACCGGGGCCCCAUGCGGCCCCUGACCCGCUUCUUCCUGCAGAACCUGGGCCUGCUGACAGGGGGCGCCAUCAUGCUCUGCAUCGCCCUCUUCGAGGACAGCAUCGCCUUCAACCUGGGGGACGUCUGAUCCGGGAGGAGGGAGACCAGCAGCGCACAGCAGAGGCUUAGACUUAAAAAACGGAGGCCGAUUUUUAAAAAAAGCAGUAGUGAAAAUGGUGAAGUACCCCAACGACCCAUCGCCAUCAGCUGAUUCUGAUUAAUAGGACACUAGGAGGGCACUGACAUCACUCUGCUACCUGUGUGGAGGUAUGGAGUGCCCUGCAGUGUUGGGCAGAAUUAUAGCCUGUGACUGGAUGGUGCGUCUCCUCUUCUGGGCUCAAUGUUGUGUGAACAUACUUGAGAUACAUGACAUUCAGCACUGACCUGCUGCCUGUUAGGCUGAAGAAUGGCUAGUUAAUGAAUUCACGACACUAACACGGUCCUCUCUGAAAAAAGCCUAACACACUACACUCUUACUCUCAUUCUGAAAAACUUUUUAAGUUGGACCAGCAUAUUGUCACUAAUGAGAGAGGCCUAGCUCGGUUGCAGGAUUCAUGUAAAAACUAUGCAGAAGUGAUGGGACAUUCCAUUCACCAAUAAACCAAAUACACUGAGCAGCAUCAUAAUUCAAUGCCAUGUUGCUGCUUGUGGACCUGUUUUUACUGCCAAACCCAAUGGGUCAAUUGCAGUGUCCUUGGCUUGAGUUUAAAACUCUACACCACAGAACUGCAUUACAACUGGAACAGUUGAUCCUUAUUUCACACACUGGAAUAGCUGUUCCAGCUGUAAUGCAGUUCUGUGGUCCAGAGGUUUAAACUCCAGCCAAACACACAGCAAUUUAUCCAAUGCAUCUCUACCUGCAAUCCAAUUUACAGGCUAAUAAAGCUCUUUAUUGUGGUUUUAAUGGAAUAAAAUGCAAAUAAAGUCAGAUGAUACUGCACACA